UAAGUACAGGGGUGUACGGAAAGCAUCGUCACUUUGCAUUUAGCUUCUCAAAGCUGUCCAAGGCUCCUGCCCAACAGGUGGAUCACAGCAGAUAUGGCCUUCAAUGGAAUAUGGCAGGUGUAUGAACAGGAGAAUUAUGAGGAGUUUCUCAGAGCCAUCUCACUACCAGAAGAUGUCAUUAAGCUGGCUAAAGAGGUCAAACCCGUGACAGAAAUCCAACAAAAUGGCAACGACUUCAUAAUCACAUCCAAGACCCCUGGAAAAUCCGUCACUAACACCUUUACCGUCGGCAAAGAAGCUGAAAUCAACACCAUGGACGGCAAGAAGCUGAAGUGCAUUGUCAGAUUGGAUGGUGGAAAGUUGGUCUGUAGCACAGAUCGAUUCUCUCACAUCCAGGAGAUCAAGGGAGGAGAGAUGAUCGAGACGCUGACAGUAAGUGGAACCACAAUGAUCAGAAAGAGUAAAAAGAUUUAAGGUGUCAAGCGGACGGAUGACAACAGUUUCAUAAUGAUUUCAUUGGCUAUUUAAAUAAAGUUCUGGUUUAUCAAAA